GCAUCGGAAUCAAAGUCCUUCCAUUUCUCCUUUCUCUAGCUUCGGUCCCGUCCCCCGUGCACGUCUUUAUUGCUGCCUGUUCGCGUCUCCCCUUGGUGUGUGCGUAUUUUCUAGACUCUCCCAGGCCCUCCCACCAUUGCAUACCCCUGCACCUCCACAGUCUCUUUUAGUUUCAUUCAACAACAAAAGAUAAUCGAAAAUGUCCAACGCAGAUCCCACCACGCCUGACAUUGCUGAGGACUACAACCUGUCCUUGCAUAUCGGAGGUCUUUUUGCCAACAUGGCUGCUAGUACAUUGGGUGUGCUGCUCCCAAUCCUUUUUGCCUACACAAACUUCAAUGCCCGGACCACGUCUCGCAUCCACUCCGUGAUCCAGACAGCGCGCACGUUCGGUUCCGGCGUCAUCUUGGCUACAGCCUUCAUCCACAUGCUACCCUCGGCCUUUAGUAACCUUUCUGACCCCAGUCUGCCUGAAGUCUUCCAAGAGGGUGGCUACACUGGCUGGGCAGGUUUGAUUGGUAUGCUCUCAGCAAUGCUCCUCCACUUGCUCGAGUUCUCAGCCACGCAGCGGUUCUUUAACCGUGCCAAGGAGCUGAAGCAGAAGCGUGGACAGCAGUCUGGCCGCGUUCAUGCUGUAGACCGCUUGCAAGACCUCGACGGGGACGAGAAGAAAGUGUCCGACACCGACAGUCUCGAAGCGGGCAACCGCGGCUAUGCUGUUGAUGCCCACCUUAGCCGACCAGAUGCUGCCGACCCCUGUGUGCAUGUGGGACAUGUCCAUGGCGGAGAGAUCCUACUGGUCAACAAGAACAACCAAGACCAGCACUUGGACCAGCACCAGCAGCACACACACGCGGACUCGACCAACGUCACCCUCAUUGGUAGUGAGGAGGAGCAGCAGCUCGAAGUGAAACAAGAGAACCGGUCCCGUGAGAUUGGAACCUACAUUCUCGAAUUCGGUAUCGCAUUGCACUCGGUUAUCAUCGGUAUCUCGCUCGGCACGACCGUCGGCGCUGAGUUCGUAUCACUGCUCAUCGCGUUGUUGUUCCACCAGUUCUUUGAGGGUGUCGCUCUGGGCGGUCGUAUUGCCUCUCUCAACUUCUCGCGUCGCUCCAUGAGUCCCUGGUUGCUGUCGGCCUGGUUUGCAGUCAGCACGCCUGUGGGUAUUGCCAUCGGCAUCGGUAUCAGGACAACCUACGACGGAGAGUCGGUCACGGCACUGAUUGUCCAGGGCGUGUUCGAUUCAUGCUCUGCGGGUAUCUUGCUGUACACCGCCAUGGUCCAGCUCAUGUCGACCGAGAUGAAUGCGAAUCGUGCGUUCAGGGAGGCCAGCUUCCGUCACCAGGUCAUCCAUUUUACUGCACUUUGGUUGGGUGCAAUGGCCAUGGCUAUUGUCGGCAAGUGGGCCUAAAGGAUGACUUGGCCACCCUUUUUUUUUUCAUAGUUUAGGAUAAUGCCUCCCUCCCUCCCUCCCUCCCUCUCUCCUACUACUGCUCUUUUAUUUUCUCACGAU